AUGGCUUCACGUACAGCGUCCUCUCUCCUGCGCCAGCUGCGUCCCAGCGCCCUGCGCCAGCCCUGCCGGCUCCUGCGACCACAGCCUGCCAUCGCCGCCCGACCACCUCCAGCGCUCCUCUUCCGCGCCGCGCACACCAUCCCCCGACCGCCACUCCCCUCCGAACACGCGGCGGCGGCCGAACCCUCGACGAGCAGCACGCCGGCGUGGCAACCCGAGGACGCGCCGGCAACCGAGGGCGCGCGCCCCGAGCCCAAGAACCCGGCCUACUACCAGCUCUCCUUCACCUGCGUGCCGUGCGGCCACCGCUCGCACCACAACGUCUCCAAGCAGGGCUACCAUGCCGGCUCCGUGCUCAUCACCUGCCCGGACUGCCGCAACCGCCACGUCAUCAGCGACCACCUCAACAUCUUCGGCGACCGCAAGGUGACGGUGGAGGACCUGAUGCGCGAGAAGGGCCGCCUGGUCAAGCGCGGCAGCCUCGGCGAGGACGGCGACAUUGAGUUUUGGCCUGAUGAGGAGCAGGCUGCCGAUACGAAAACGGGCAGCUCAUGA